UGUAUUUGACGCGACAACAAAAACAAAUUCAAUUUAACAAACCAGAAAAAAGUAGACCAUGAAUAACUACGCUUCCUUUCUAAAACCCUAACGCAUACACACACAGCCAGGCUUUCUCUUUUUAUUUCUUACCGCUUUUUGUCUCUCCAUCUUUCGCUCUUUUUCUCAACUCUGUUCAGUGCUCUUCCUGUUGAUUAUCUCCACCCGAUCUCUCCUUGUAAUGGAUGAUAAUCAGAAAUCCGAUCCAAGUGGCAUCACCGUCUUUAGCAGCGACUCCAGCUGGAGACUGGCUGAGCCUGAUGCGGAGAGCGUUAAUUACUUAAUCACCAGCGAUAGAGACUCUUGUAUUCUCAGUGAAUUUGGCUGGAAUUUUCAUACUGAGAAUUCACGCUGUUUUGCUGAUGAGAGAUCCGAUUUUACCGGAAACGACCUCGGCUACACUGUGCUGGAGACUGCUAGUAUCGCCGACUUACAUGCUGGUCUGGUAAAUCCAGUAGCUUCUGCUGACGUGUCGACGUCCAAUCCGUCUAUAUCAUCGAGUUCCAGUGAGGAUCUGACGAUGGAGAAGUCUACGGGCUCCGGCGUUAAACCGCCUGAGAUACCGAAUAAGGCGAGAAAGAAAGGACAAAAGCGAAUUCGGCAGCCACGUUUUGCAUUUAUGACUAAGAGUGAAGUGGAUCAUCUGGAAGAUGGCUAUAGAUGGCGGAAAUAUGGACAGAAAGCUGUUAAAAAUAGUCCAUUCCCCAGGAGCUACUAUCGUUGUACGAAUAGCAAAUGCACUGUGAAGAAGAGGGUGGAGCGCUCCUCCGAAGAUCCCACAAUUGUAAUUACAACUUAUGAAGGUCAACACUGUCAUCAUACCGUUGGAUUCCAUCGUGGUGGAGUUAUAAAUCAUGAAGCUGGUUUUGCUGCCCAUUUGAGUCCGGCAUUCUCACCUUAUUAUUAUCCAGCAGUUCAGAUGCCACAGGGAAGUCCCAGUACAGUAAAGUCCCAGCAAGAUGAAGCAGGAGAACCGCCUGCCUUGCCAGAUCCAACCCCGCAGCUGCCCACGGAUGAAGGACUACUCGGGGAUAUUGUGCCUCCUGGAAUGCGCAAUAGAUUAGACAGAAAACAAUGGGAAGAGUGGUAGAGCGGAAAAAGAUUAUCUUAGACCAUGGCUGCUUCAUUGAUAUUAGAGCCAGUUUGGUGUCGAGUUUGGUCUCUGAGAUGGGCAGAGAAGAGAGAGAUUUUAUUUGAAGGCAUAUACAUGUCGAAGAUACAGCUUUGGAAAGCUGUAACAUAAUAGGUGUAGCCAGAUUGAUUAAAUUGUAGAAUCACCAGAUUAUUGGAAGAUUAUUAAGUUCGUUAUUAUUCUUAUAAUUAAUUGUUUUA